ACGGAUACGGACGGUAAUAUUGGUGAGAGUUCUAUGCGUUUACAACAGUUCGUCAAAUACUAUUACGUGGAGGAAGACGAGCGUUUACGGCACGCGGAUAUUUUCCAUGAGCGGUUUUCUUUCUGCUGAUACAGCAGUGAUAAUCUUAGUAUAACAGUUGCAAGUUGGUUCCACCUGUAAAGAAUAAGUCACAGUCAAAAUGGUGAAGGAAACAACAUUUUAUGACGUAUUGGGAGUGAAACCAGGAUGCACGCAAGAUGAUUUGAAGAAGGCUUAUAGGAAACUUGCUCUGAAGUAUCACCCUGAUAAGAAUCCUAAUGAAGGCGAAAGAUUUAAACAAAUUUCACAAGCGUAUGAGGUAUUAUCAAACCCAGAAAAGAAGAGAAUUUAUGAUCAGGGUGGAGAACAAGCUUUGAAAGAAGGUGGUAGUGGAAGCGGUGUGUUUUCUUCACCCAUGGACAUUUUCGAUAUGUUCUUUGGAGCAGGUUUUGGUGCAAGAUCUGGUCGAAGGAGAGAACGCAAAGGUCAAGAUGUUAUUCAUCAGCUGUCUGUUUCACUGGAGGAACUGUAUAAGGGCACUGUUCGCAAAUUAGCUUUGCAAAAGAAUGUUAUUUGCGAUAAAUGUGAAGGUAUUGGCGGAAAGAAAGGUUCUGUUGAACAAUGUUCAACAUGUCAUGGAUCUGGUAUGCAAAUUCAAAUACAUCAACUUGGACCAGGAAUGUUGCAGCAUCUGCAGAGUAUGUGCACAGAUUGCAAAGGUCAAGGAGAACGCAUAAAUCCACGAGAUCGUUGUAAAAAUUGCGGCGGUAGGAAGACAGUUAGAGAUAGAAAAAUUUUGGAAGUUCAUGUUGAUCCAGGAAUGGUAGAUGGACAGAAGAUCGUAUUUAGCGGUGAGGGUGAUCAAGAGCCAGACUAUGAGCCAGGAGAUAUUGUUAUUCUUCUCGAAGAGAAGGAGCAUGAAGUUUUUAAGCGUACGCGUAAUGAUUUGAUCAUGAGGAUGCAGCUAGAACUUGUAGAAGCCUUAUGUGGCUUCCAGAAAGUUAUUCGCACUUUGGAUGGAAGAUUCACACGUGGCAGACUUAUAAUUCAAUUUGUAGUUAAUUUUCCGAAAACAAUUGAUCCUAAUGGUAUUCCAACACUUGAACAGUGUCUGCCUCCUAGGGAAGAGGUUAUCAUUCCAGAAGGAGCAGAGGAAUGUAUACUUACGGACUUAGAUCCAGAACAGGAAGCGAGACGAAGAGAUCAACGACAGGCGGUUUAUGAAGAAGAUGAAGGUCCUUCGCGAGUCCAAUGUGCCACACAUUAACUUGAUUACAUAAAUGUCACAAUAAAUAUGGUCAUUCUUUCAUUUUAAACUUUUGUCCCAUUCGCUCGACUUUGAAUCGCAUGUAUUAACAGAAGAAUGAAACAAUGUGGACACAUAAGAAAGUUGUUCGAUACAAAUGAAAAAACCUGAGAGAAAUGUCUAGGCAUGUGCACGAUUAAGAAAACCGUAAAGAAUCACCGACGAUUCUAAUACAAAGAUCACAGUUAACACUGAGUUGUUGUAUAGAGGGAACAUUGACGCUGUUAACGAUACAUUUACCGUCACACCUGAAUUAAACUAUAAAUUUUGGUGAAAAUUAGUAAACCGAUUAUAAUUAGUUAAUCGCUUGCUGUAGACAAGUAUUACAAAAGAUGUACUUAUCAUUAUACACGGUGAUAAGAAAAAGUGAACUGACUCAACAUCUAACGUAACAUGUAAUCAUGGAACGUUAGUAGUAAAUGCGAACAUAAUCAAUUGUAUCAUGUAAUGCUGAACAUUCGAAUUACAUUCUAUUAUUUGUGAAAAUAUUCGUUUAUAAUUAAUUUGUAAAUUAGAGCAGUUCCGACACUGAUUGAUAUGGGCAUACUGGAUGCUAGAAAUAAAGUUAGACUGUCGAAUGAUA